CAGAAAGAGCGGGACACCCGCGCAAAAGCCCCGCAGAGGCGAAGGAGUUCAGCCGCCGCCUCCUCCUUCCUCGCGGACACGCGCUUAAAUAAAACACCUGAGCAAGCUUCGCGCUCUGCGCCUUUAAGGCCGGAGAGGUGACGUCAGCGCCGGACGGGGCGGAAGUAGCCGGCGCGGGGAGGAGGUCACGUGAUGGAAGCGGCGCCUCUCCGUCCGCCUGCCCCCCGCCCGCCUGACGCGGGAGUCCCGGCGGAGCGAGGCGGCUGACGGCGCGGGGCCCUCUUCCCCCUCCUCCCCCCCCCCGCCGGGCGCGUGACGUGGAGGGGGAGGGGGCUGCAACGGCCCCGGCGCGAGGCGCCUCCUCCCCCCGCCCUCACACGCCAGAAGGUGGAGGGGCCGCCGGGAUGGCGGCGGCGGCGGCGGGGGCGCCGGGAGGGGGCGGGGCGGGGGCGCCAGAGGAGGAGGAGCACGAGGUGGUCCGCGUGCGGGUCAAGAAAUGUGAAGGCUUCUUGCAACCUGAGUUCCGUACCUUUGCUGUGGAUCCACAGAUCACCUCACUGGAUGUAUUGCAGCACAUCCUCAUCAGGGCAUUUGACCUCAAUGGGAAGAAGAAUUUUGCCAUCAGCUAUCUGGGCCGAGAUAAGCAAGGCCAAGAAUCAUAUUUGUCACUGAUGUCAGAUUGGGAUCUGGGCAUGGCCUUUGCUGGAGCCUCCAAGCCUUACUUGCAGCUCAAGAUAGACAUCAAGCCCUCAGAGGAUAGCCCCCUGCUAGAAGACUGGGACAUCAUCAGCCCCAAGGAUGUGAUCAGUACCGACCUGCUGCUGGUGGAGAAGCGGUCUCUGGCAGCAGCAGCCCUGCCCUUCACUCAGUCCAUCAUCUCCCAGGUGGGCAGGACCCUGUCUAAGGUUCAACAAGCACUCAGCUGGUCCUAUGGCGAGGACGUCAAACCUUUCAAGCCCCCGCUGAGCGACUCCGAAUUCCACACGUACCUGAACCAUGAAGGGCAGCUGACAAGACCUGCAGAGCUGCGUCUCCGAAUUUUCCACGGUGGAGUUGAGCCCUCUCUACGCAAGGUGGUUUGGCGAUACUUGCUAAAUGUCUAUCCUGAUGGGUUGACGGGUCAGGAGCGCAUGGAUUACAUGAAGCGGAAGACUCGGGAGUACGAGCAGCUGAAGGGGGAGUGGGAAGCUCGCGCCAGCCCCGAGGACCUGGACUUCAUUCGCAGCAACGUGCUGAAGGACGUUCUGCGAACAGAUCGCACCCAUCCCUACUACGCAGGCUCAGAUGACAACCCCCACCUGACAGCCCUGCACGACCUCUUGACCACCUAUGCCGUCACCCACCCACAAAUCUCCUAUUGCCAGGGCAUGAGUGACAUCGCCUCCCCCAUUCUGGCUGUCAUGGACAACGAAGCUCACGCCUUCAUCUGCUUCUGUGGCAUCAUGAAACGCCUGGAGGGCAAUUUCCAGGUGGAUGGUGAAGUCAUGUCGGUGAAGUUCUCCCACCUCAAGCUUCUCCUCCGCCAUUCAGACCCAGAGUUCUACUCCUACCUCCUUUCCCGGGGCGCCGAUGACCUCUUCUUCUGCUAUCGCUGGCUGCUGCUGGAACUCAAGCGUGAGUUUGCCUUUGAGGAUGCCUUGCGCAUGCUGGAGGUCACCUGGAGCUCCUUUCCUCCCGACCCUCCUGAGAAGGAAGUGGAGUUGGUGGGCCCGCCGGCCAGGCCCGGAGACAGCAGCCAGCCUGUUCGAAGGAGACACAUGUUGCGUCCAGCUUGCAGUUUUGAGGCAGCUGGGGACCAACCCUGCCAAGGGGCAGUUUCUGAUGAGAAGACACUAGUGAAACAGUCUAGCUUUGGGGAGUUCAAGUAUUACAGCACUCAUAAUGAGGACAGCUCAGAGGAUGACCCAUCGCCCAGAUUUCAGCGCUCAGUAGAAGAGGACGAGGACUGUAGCAAUGAGCAGGAUCCAUUGAUCCAGACAACUAACGUGGCCAAGUCCUUUUCUGCUCCAUCCCUUCGGGCCUUGACUCCACCCUCGCGAGACUCAGCCUCCUCCUCAACCAACGGCAAUGAGGAAAGCCAGUCGGAUGAGGAGAAGGGGGACUCUGUGGUUCACACCCCUUCCUCUCCCUCCCGUGGAACUGCUGCCCCUUCUCCUGUUGCUGCAGUCAGCCUGCCACCCCCGCAGGAGUUUGGCAGAGGCAACCCCUUUGUGCUCUUCCUGUGCCUCGCCAUCCUCCUGGAGCACCGAGACCAUAUCAUCAAGAACAACAUGGACUACAAUGAGCUGGCCAUGCAUUUUGACCGCUUGGUCCGUCGUCACAACCUGAACAAGAUCCUUCAUCGCGCCAAGGCCCUCUUUGCCAACUACCUGCAGUCUGAAGUCUGGGACUCUGAAGAGGGUGAUGAGGCAGCGGCUGAAUCUCCUGCCGCGUUGUGACCCCACACCCCACCCCUUUUCUUCUCUUGACAUGUGGGGACUGGUUCCCUGCUGCCAUUAUGGUGCAAGCACUGAUGUGGAAGGGUGAACAAUGAGUAAUCCGGCUUGGUCUCAGCUCUACAGUAAUCUUCAUGGGAGGUGGCCUGGAGCGGCUAAGUUGGAUUGUCCCACUCAAUACACCUUCUGUGUCAAAUGUA